AACAAAAGUUUCGAUCUCCAUAGGUUUUAACAUCAAAUGAGCAUGUCGGGUUUAUACUUUGAUAUUGGCAGAAAGGCCAGAGAUCUUCUAUACAAGGGCUAUGCUCAGCAACCAGCAAAUCACUUACAAGGCAUUGACUGCAGUCUUGAUCUGUCCUGCCAAAUUAGGGACAUUGUACCUGGACUAAGAACCCUUUUUAACUUUUCCAUUCCCGAUUCUGCCAAGGUGGAACUGCAAUACUUGAGCGACUAUGGUGGGAUAUCAGGGGGCUUUGGAUUGAAAUCAGAUCCUCUAGCAGGAUAUAACCCUCUCAUCAACUUCUCGGGGCUGAUAGGAAGCGAUUUUCUCUCCCUUGGGACUGAUCUCGCCUUUGACAUAUCAACAAGAACAUUCAACAACUUCAGUGCUGGUUUGAGCUUCAACAGUGACUUCCUUAUUGCUUCCUUCAACAUGAAUGACAAGCUUGACACUUGGAAAGCUUCUUGUUGCUGCGUGAUGAACCCCUCGACGGAAACUGCCAUUGCAGCGGAGCUGAAGCAUACUUUUUCAGUCAAUGAUACCGCCAUCACUAUUGGCGGCCAGCACGCAUUGUUUCCGUUUACAUUGGUGAAGGCUCGAGUAAACACUCACGGAAGGGUAGGCGGUCUUAUUCAGCAGGAUUUGUGGGAAAAGCUUGCUCUAACUAUUGGUGGUGAUGUGGAUUUAUUGGACAUAAAAAGCUUUCCAAAGAUUGGCCUGUCUGUGGCUUUCAGGGUUUAGAAGAAGCCUGUAGAGAAAGCUUCUAUACACAACAGAAAUUAGCGACUUAAGGAGGUUGUGAUUUUGGUUAAAUAAUUUUUGGGUGUCAUAGAAUUCUAUGGUCAUCUUCCUUCCGCUCAAGUUUGUCCAUCAUUUAGAUGAUAUUGAGGCAAAUACUUCAGUUGUAAGUCAGAGAUCUAUCAUAGUAAAAACUGAAAAAUAUAAAUAAAUACAUAAGAAAAAGAAAGGAGAAGUCGGGGUACACUUCUGUAUCACUUCCACAGGGCAUACAUUUGAGAAAGUGAAGACGUAUGUAUACAAAAGAUUGUCUGUAUCCAGUUUUUAAGAAAAUGGUAAUACGAAUA